AUGGCCGCAGUGGCCGGCAUCGGUCCUCGCCGCGCCCCCCACGCCACCCGUGUCCUUCCCGCCGCAGCCGCCGCUGUCGGCCCGCCGCCGCCCAGCACGGGGCCCGGGUCUGCCACGCAGGGCGGCGUACCAAUCCAGCAAGUACGCUUGCCGCCGUCGCCGUCCCCAAUUCCGGCAUGGCUGACCGGAUCAGCACUGCCGCCCGUCUACACGUCGCGUGGAGACCCACCGGCGCCCACUCUGCAGUACGGCGACCCAUCCGGCUCUACAGGUCACUACACGGGUCGCGCCCCUCCUGACCGGGCGCCCCAAUCCUCGCUGCUCCGCACCUCCGAGUCAGUCGGCCACGGCGCUCCGACCCAGACACCGCCUCGGUUCGCCAAACUUGACUUCGCCACUUAUGACGGCACGGAGGACCCCCUCAGCUGGCUCAGCCAGUGCGAGCAGUUCUUUCGCGGGAAGUGCACCCUAUCAUCGGAGCGUACCUGGCUCGCCUCUUACCACCUCCGCGGCGCGGCACAGACAUGGUAUUACGCCCUCGAGCAGGACGAGGGCAGCAUGCCCCCUUGGGAGCUCUUUUGCGAGCUCUGCCUCCUUCGUUUUGGGCCACCGAUCCGCGGGAACCGCCUGGCAGAGCUAGGCCGCCUUCCCUUCACCUCCACGGUGCAGGACUUUCCCGACCGUUUUCAGGCCAUGGCAUGCCACGCGUCGGGUGUGACAGCACAGCAGCGGGCCGACCACUUCCCCUACGCGUCGGGCCAUGUCUGCCCGCGCCUCUUCUACUUGGAGACGGCCGACUACAUCGAGGAGGACGCCCCGGCCGACGGGCUCGACGCACUGCCGCCCCCAGCGGCCGCCGAGGCCGCACCCGCGGCCGCCCCGGCGACGACACUCGUGGUCUCGCUCCAUGCGCUUGCCGGCAUCCGCGACGAGCGGACCAUGCUCUUGCCGAACGUGCCCAUCACCAUCGGCGACGAGCACUUCACCAUCACGUGCGCAGGCAUCGACUUGGGCUGCUUCGACUUCAUCCUUGGCAUCGACUUCCUGCGGACCCUCGAUCCCACCCUCAAGGACUUCGACGCCCUGACGAUGACCUUCUGGCGCCUCGGCUGCCGCGUCCGGUGGGAGGGCGUUGGGGGUGCCUCACUGGCGACGUCGCAGCUUCAGCUGGCCGCGACCACCACCGAGGCUGAGCACCCACUGCCGGAUCACCUCUGCAGCAGCACGGCGACCUCUUCGACGAGCCGCGGGGCCUUCCGCCAGCCCGGGUUCCGGCCAUACCGCUAUCUGCAGCUGCAGAAGGACAAGUUGGAGCGGCAGUGCACGCUCAUGCUCGCAGCGGACAUCAUCCGGAUCUCCACAUCACUGUUCUCCGCGCCGGUCCUCCUCGUCCGCAAGUCGGACAGCACGUUGCGCUUCUGCAUCGACUACCGCGCCCUUAAGGCCCUGACACUUAAGAACAAGUUUCCUAUCCCGGUGGUCGAUGAGCUCCUGCAUGAGCUACAUGGGGCGCGCUUCUUCACCAAGCUCGAUCUUCGGUCGGGUUACCACCAUGUGCGCAUGCACCCGGAUCAUAUCGCCAAGACGGCGUUUCGGACUCAUCACGGCCACUUCGAGUUCUUGGUCAUGCCGUUUGGUCUCUCCAAUGCACCGGCGACUUUUCAAGCUUUGGUGAACGACGUCCUCCACCCCUACUUGUGCCGGUUUGUGCUCGUUUUCUUUGAUGAUAUUCCUAUCUACAGCGCCUCGUGGGCGAAGCACCUUCAGCACGUCGCCAUCGUCUUCAACGAGCUUCGAGCACAUCAUCUUCAUCUUAAGCGCUCGAUGUGCUCGUUCGGGACACCUUCCGUCGCCUACCUCGGACACGUCAUCUCGGCCGAGAGGGUGGCCAUGGACGCCGACAAGGUGGCGGUAGUCGUCGCCUGGCCGACCCCGCAUUCACCGCGGGCUCUUCGCGGGUUUCUGGGCCUCGCGGGGUACUACCGGAAAUUUAUCCGGGAGUUCGGCCUCAUCGCAUCUCCACUCACGCGCCUGCUACGUCGUGACGCCUUUGCAUGGGAUGAGGAGGCGACCGUGGCAUUUGAGGCCCUCAAGGGGGCCCUCAUGACAGGCCCCGUCCUUCAGAUGUCGGACUUCGACCGGCCGUUCGUCGUGGACUGCGACGCCUCCAGUGCGGGGUUCGGCGCCAUCCUUCAUCGGGGCGAUGGACCCCUCACCUUCUUCAGCAGGCCCUUCGCCGCGCGCCAUCUUAAGCUCGCGGCUUAUGAGCGAGAGCUCAUUGGCUUGGUGCAGGCGGUGCGCCAUUGGCGGCCCUAUCUGUGGGAUUGGUCUUUCCAGAUUCGUACGGACCAGUACAACCUCAAGUUCUUGUUGGACCAGAGGCUCUCGACCGUGCCACAGCACCAGUGGAUCAGCAAGCUCUUCGGCUUCGACUUCACCGUCGAGUCUCGCCCAGGCCGCCUUAACACCGUGGCCGAUGCCCUGUCUCGCCGCAACGCCGACCAUGACACCGCCGUCGGCGACACCGAGGGGUCGGCGCUCUGCAUCCGCUCGGGGCCUACUUUCGCCUUCUUCACCGACAGCCGGCGGGCGACAGCGGCCGCGCCAGACGGGCUCCUCCUUCAGCUGCAGCUGGCUGCGGGUGAGCUGGAGGAGCCGUGGCACCUCGCCGACGGGUUGCUCCUUCAUGGGCGCUGGGUCUUCGUACCGGCGCACGACGAUCUCUGUCACCAGGUGCUACUGCUGGCCCACUUGGCGGUCCAUGAGGGUGUGCAGAAUACCCUCCAUCGUCUCCGCGCCGACUUCUACAUCCCAGGUGAUCGGGCUCUGGUCUGCGACUGGGUACGGUCUUGUGUGACGUGCCAGCGUAACAAGACGGAGACACUACGGCCGGCUGGUCUGCUCCAGCCCUUGGAGGUGCCGUCUCAGGUCUGGGCGGAUAUCUCCAUGGACUUCAUCGAGGGCCUCCCCAAGGUGGGCAGCAAAUCGGUCAUUCUCACGGUAGUCGACCGCUUCUUCAAGUAUGCUCACUUCAUCGCGCUCGGUCAUCCCUACACUGCUGCAUCCGUGGCCCGUGCCUUCUUCGAUGGUAUCGUCCGCCUCCACGGGUUUCCCUCUUCGAUCGUGAUCGUCCUCGCGCUUGGGUGGAUUGGCUCUCGUGGGUACAACACCUCCUAUCACUCCGCCCUGCGCGCUACUCCAUUUGAGGUGGUCUACGGCAGGCCGCCCCCGCCUAUACUGCCGGUGGAUCCGGCGACGGCUCAGACGGAGGUGGCCGGUGAUCUUAUGCGGCGCCGUGACGAGAUGCUGGCAGAGGUCUGGCAACGCCUCCUUCAGGCCCAGCAGCUGGCCAAGCACUACUACGACGACCACCAUCGCGAGGCGGAGUUCGCGAUGGGUGAUUGGGUGGCCUACCGUCUUCAGCUUCCGGCAGGUGCCCGCAUCCACGACGUCUUCCAUGUGGGGCUGCUGAAGCCCUUCCGUGGGGAGCCACCUGCGGCCCCUCUAGCGCUUCCUCCGACCUCCGACGGGCGCCUCCUUCCGGGACCGGAGAAGGCGUUGAAGGCCCAGCUACGUCGCGGGGUGUGGUACGUGUUGAUUCAGUGGGCUGGACUUCCAGAGGAGGACGCUACUUGGGAGCGGCACGACGAGUUCCGCCAGCACUACCCAGAAUUCCAGCUCGAGGACAAGCUGUUUGUGCAGGCGGGGAGAGAUGUUAUGACCGGAACCUUAUGCCCGUAG